AGCGCGCGGCGCGUAUCACGUGGUGCGCGUGUCGAAGGUCACAGCGCGCUCACAAUGGAGCUCUCGGAGUCUGUGCAGAAGGGCUUCCAGAGGCUGGCCGAUCCCGGCUCCUUUGACUCCAACGCCUUCACGCUUCUCCUCCGGGCGGCUUUCCAGAGCCUGCUGGACGCCCAGGCGGACGAGGCCGUGUUAGAUCACCCAGACUUGAAACAUAUCGACCCAGUGGUUUUAAAACAUUGUCAUACAGCAGCUGCAACUUACAUACUGGAAGCAGGAAAGCAAAGAGCUGACAAAUCAACUCUAAGCACUUAUCUAGAAGACUGUAAAUUUGAUAGAGAGCGAAUAGAACUGUUUUGCACAGAAUAUCAGAAUAAUAAGGAUUCCCUAGAAAUCCUACUGGGAAGUAUAGGCAGAUCUCUCCCUCAUAUAACUGAUGUUUCUUGGCGUUUGGAAUAUCAGAUAAAGACCAAUCAACUUCAUAAGAUGUACAGACCUGCAUAUUUGGUGACCUUAAAUGUAGAGAAUACUGAUUCCCAAUCCUACCCAGAGAUUAGCUUUAGUUGCAACAUGGAACAAUUACAGCAUUAUAUACGUCUUUUAGGACUUAGUGGGGAAACUUAAAGAUGCUUCGAAAAGCCUGGAAAGAGCAACCCAAUUUUAACUUGGGGAAGUUAGCGACCGCCCGCGCCUGGAAGACCAGCACUCCUUGACGUCCCGUCGGCCGAACCGUCGUUUGUGUCCUGUUUUUAAUAGAAAAAAAUUUUUUUGGAUUUAUGCCACUCAUCAGUUUUGACACUUUUUUACUUACGAAAAAGUUUAGAGGGAAAGUCUGCCUACGUGUUUGAAUCGUUAGUAUUAACUGUACAUUGAUCCAUUUUGAUUUCUCAAGUCUUAAAAAAGGAAGUAGACAGUAUUUACAUUCUGAAUAAAUUCGUUCUCUCCAGAACUGAGCGUUUG